UUUUUUGACAUUUCUAUUAAAUUUGUUUAGAGACGUGAAAAAAAAAUUUCUUCACUACUUAUAAGAAGUUAGUUCAGUUUUUCCAAACAUUAAAAUUUUAAAAUGGAAAUUCUCGAAAAACUAAAAGAUCAAGGCUGGUACUUGACAGAAGAAGGAUUAAAGAAAUUGCCGGACAACAACGAUGUGAAGAAAAUUAUUUCCGCCGCCCUCGAUUUUGAUUUUCGUGAAAUUGCCGGAGGAGCUCUGCCACCAGAACUGUCGAAAAAAGACGAAUCGUUUCCAGGGAACAUUGUCCUUCAGGUGCAGCGGAUUCGCAAUAUAUCCGCGCCAAAGGCCAACGAAGACUCCAAGGCCGCACCUAGGUUUCUGCAAAUUGAAUUAUCCGAUGGCGUGACUCUUAUGCAAGCUCUCGAACUUGAACAUGUCUCUGUGCUGAGCAUGAACACAGCGCCCGGGACCAAGAUUCAUUUCAAAUGCAAACAGAUUCCCCUUAUGCAGGGAAUGAUUGUUCUAAGGCCACUGGAUAUUCAGGUUCUGGGUGGGAAGGUUACGGCGCUGGUGGAGAAAUGGGAGAUGGCAAGGUCACUGCAGAAGUAUGCCAAAUCUGGGCGACCCCAGACCGGUGGAUCUGGUCCGCCACCAUGGAUUGCACUUGGCCAAAAGGUGCAGCAGACAGUCAGCACCGAUAAGAACUUUAAGAGUCUGGCACAAGCCGAGAAGGAGAAGGAAAGUGGCAAGGAGAAUGACGAGUUCAAUGCUAUGAGGAGUGAAGCUAUUGCCGAGGCGGCCAAAAUAGCUGGAAAGAAGAUCUUCGGAGGUGGAAACCAUCAAAUCCUUGACCACAAUGUUAAGAAAAUUCUCGAGAAAGGCUACACCGAGGAGGAAGCUAAGCAGGCGCUACGUUCCACUGGAAACAGUCUGGAGAGAGCCUUGUAUAAUCUCAAACGACGUGUAGAUGAUUUCAAGAAUCGUGAAGACUUCCGUGAGAAAUUCAAGACCUUGCCGAUGGGCAGCAACAAGCGGGGAGCAAAGGAAAUGGGUAAACGAGGUGGCAAGGAACUAGAAGUUCCAGGCACAGCAAAACCAGCAGCAAAUGUUUCUCUAUUUGAUUUUCUCACCGAUAAACUGCCAACUAACACGGAUCAAACAUCAUCGUUAGGCCAAACCUCAUCAAACACAACAACAACAAACACCGCAGCACCUUCAUUUGCCUCCCACAGUAACUCAUCGCACCAGAAUUACUCACGUCCAAUGACCAAAGCUGGCAGUGAACCAUCUUCCACCAAACCGUAUUACAAUGCCUCGUCGAAUGCGAAUCAAUCCCAUAGCAGCUAUCAGGAUCGUAAGUUCCAGCAAAAUCAGGCGAUUCAUCAGAACCACGAUAGUAGUUCGUCGGUUAAGUCUCAAGAGCAGAACCACAACAGCUCGAACCGGCCGAAGUUUGAAAAUAAUCUCUCGUCGAGCUUUGCCACACGAAACAGUUCACAUCCGAAUGAGGAACGCUACAAUAGGUAUUCAAGUUCGAAUCGAGGACGAGGUGGUGGCAAUAGUGGUAGAGACGGAGGAAGAGACAGUGGAAGAGAUGGAGGAAGAGACGGUGGGAGAGAUGGAGGCAGUGGCAGUGGAACAGGUGGUGGUGUUAGUGGAAAUCCCUUCCAUGGAAGACCUAAUCAGCCAUUCGAAGAGACUACUUCUUCGGAGAGACAUCGUAGUGAUCAGAAGAACUCUUCUGGCUACAGUAGUGGCGGCAGAGGAGGUGGACGGGGAUCCCAUAAUAACAACUAUUCAAGCGGCGGCGGUCGUGGAGGGUCAUCGAGCGGAGGAUACGAUAACCGGAGAUACAAUGAUUAUCACAAUCAGAAGGAUCAACGUCACGAGCGACAGGAACAGUCUCAGCAUCAAGCGCAACGAAAUGGCUAUGAGCAAAAUAAAACGGCGUCUAAUGGAAAGGAAACGUCAACAUCUCGCUACCAACAGCAGAAGGAAGGUUCCACAAACUAUCAGCAAAGCAGUGGAAAUAAUCGCAACUAUGACAACAAUCGGCAGUCUGGGUAUAACUCUUCUUCUUCAAACAACAACAAUAACACCAACACAAGCCAUAAUACAAACCACAACACUAAUAGCAGCUCGAAUAACUCCAACAACAACAAUAAUGACCACACAGCCCGCGUGAAUAAGUUCGUUGAGAGCACAUCCAAGAUGAAGAUUGAGAAGACACGAUCAGGACCCUCGACACGGAAUCAUCAACAACAGCAAUCGCAACAACAACCACAACAGCAGAACUUUGCUGCCCAACAGCAGCCACAGCAACAACAACAACAGCCACAGUCAAAUAAACAACAAGCGCCACCUAUGAAUUCAACAACAACCCAAAAGCUACAGCAAACUUUCGGUCCACUACCAAAUGGUUUCAACUACGAUCCCAGUAAGAUAAUAGGUUUCCAGGCGAAAGAGACGAAUGAAUUUGCGUUGACCCUGUUGAAGAGUCAGGGAGUGGUCCCCGGGGCAGGGCCAUCGUCGUCACAUACCGGAGCCAGUCAAGUGCCAUCGCCAGUGGCGCAGCCGCAAUAUAUUACAGGGCCACCUCCCUCAACUAUGCAUAUGGCCCCUCAGCCAUUUACCGCUGCCACUUAUGUGGUCCCCCAAGCCGUCGCACCCCCAACGCAUUCCCCAUCCGCAUUUGGAAUGAUUCCCGGUGAUAAUUGGAACUGGAAGAUCGGUGAUCGUUGUUUGGCCAAGUAUUGGGAUGAUGGAAGGUACUAUGAAGCUGAGAUUACAGGAAUUUCUGAUAAGACGUGUGUCGUUCUAUUCCUUGGCUAUGGGAAUCAUGAGGAAGUCCUUAAGACCGAUUGUCUCCCCAUCACCGAUGCUCAAAAUCGAACAAUAAACUUUUCCAACAACAUGCAACAUGCCCCACCAGUUUCUGUUGCCGCCCAACAGCAACAACAACAGCAGCAGCAACAGUCGUCGAUGUUGAGUCGUGGUGUUCCAAACCGUUAUCGUGGCGAGAGACAAGUUUAUGUUCCACCUCCAAAGAGAGACAACUAAUUCUGCUCCCACCCAACUCCCUUGGUUCCUUUUUAAAAUCCUGUCAAUUUUUUUUGAAAAUUAAGUAUCUUGCUAAUCUCAUCCCCGCCCUCUGCCCUUCAACCCUCGAUCCCCCCGCAAAGCAACAAUUGAAAGAAGAAAAUUUCAAUAUUCAAACAAGUAAAAGAACAUACAGCAAUGUGUUAUAUUUUAGAUUGUAUGUUUAAAACAACAAAGGAAUAAUAUAAAAAAAAUAAAAUAUAAACCUGCAUGGAACAUUUAUUAUUAUUAUUACCUAUUAUUUAUGAUAUGUGUGAAACAAAUACGUGUUCUUCAAAAACAAAACAAAAAAAUGAAAUGAAAUAAAAUUAAAAUAAUAAAACAUUGA